UGAAGGCAACGGACACAUAAAACUGCAGUGCCUGAUCUGACGCGUGCCGGUACUACGUUUCUGCAGGGGUCUGGGUCUGGCUUCCCCAUCGUUUUUUGGAAGGUGGUUGAAUGUAUGGUUCGGCUCUGUAACUUGAAACACAAAAAAGAGAGAGAAGUCUCCGUCCACCAACUUCGUCCGUUCUUCUGCUUCUCCCCCAAAGGCACUGCAUGUCUAAUAUUUAGACAUGUUCAGCUUUGUGGAUUCGAGGACUGUACUGCUACUUGUAGCAACCCAAGUCGUUCUAUUAGCUGUUGUCAAAUGUCAGGAAGAAGACCGGGCCCCGGGAGCUAAGGGUCAGAAGGGGGAACCAGGAGAUAUCACAGAUGUCGUAGGACCAAGAGGACCUGGAGGCCCUAUGGGCCCCCCAGGAGAGCAGGGACCACGCGGAGACAGAGGAGACAAAGGCGAUAAGGGCAGUCCCGGGCCCCGUGGCAGAGAUGGCGAGCCUGGUACCCCUGGUAACCCCGGCCCCCCCGGACCCUCAGGACCUAAUGGACCUCCCGGCCUUGGAGGAAACUUUGCUGCUCAGAUGGCUGGAGGAUUUGACGAGAAGGCUGGCGGAGCACAGAUGGGCGUGAUGCAAGGACCAAUGGGCCCUAUGGGUCCUCGAGGGCCACCUGGCCCCUCUGGAGCUCCUGGUCCACAAGGUUUCCAAGGCAACCCCGGAGAGGCUGGAGAGCCCGGAUCAGCUGUAAGUCUUCCUCGUUCUCCACCUGGACCCUCUGGUAAACCUGGAGAUGACGGUGAGGCUGGCAAACCCGGCAAAGGUGGUGAUCGUGGACCUUCUGGUCCUCAGGGAGCUCGUGGAUUCCCAGGAACUCCCGGUCUGCCUGGAAUCAAAGGGCAUAGAGGUUAUCCAGGUCUUGAUGGACUCAAGGGAGAGGGUGGAGCUGUUGGUUCUAAGGGGGAGUCUGGUGCGCCCGGUGAGAAUGGCGCUCCCGGACCCAUGGGACCACGUGGUCUGCCUGGUGAGAGAGGUCGCCCCGGUCCCUCUGGAGCUGCUGGUGCUCGUGGUAAUGAUGGUCUGCCCGGCCCUGCUGGUCCUCCUGGCCCAGUUGGUCCAUCUGGUGCUCCAGGCUUCCCCGGUUCUCCAGGUUCUAAGGGAGAAGCUGGCCCCACCGGUGCUCGUGGACCUGAGGGCGCCCAGGGACCACGUGGAGAGUCAGGAACCCCCGGAUCUCCCGGACCCGCCGGCGCUUCUGGUAACCCUGGUACUGAUGGUAUUGGUGGAGCUAAAGGAUCAGCUGGUGCUCCUGGUAUCGCUGGCGCGCCUGGCUUCCCGGGACCCCGUGGCCCUCCAGGACCCCAGGGAGCCACUGGGCCUCUCGGACCAAAGGGAACAUCUGGUGACCCUGGUAUCCCAGGUUUCAAGGGUGAGGCUGGACCCAAGGGAGAGAUUGGACCCGCGGGUCCCCAAGGAGCCCUUGGCCCUGCAGGAGAGGAGGGGAAGAGGGGACCCAGAGGAGAGCCCGGCGCUGCUGGACCUCUCGGACCUCCCGGAGAGAGAGGCGCCCCCGGCAACCGUGGUUUCCCAGGUCAGGAUGGUCUGGCUGGUCCCAAGGGAGCCCCUGGCGAGCGUGGAGUCGGCGGCGUGUCUGGCCCUAAGGGAGCCGGCGGUGACCCUGGUCGCCCUGGCGAGCCCGGUCUUCCUGGUGCAAGAGGUCUUACUGGUCGUCCCGGUGAUGCAGGUCCUCAAGGAAAAGUUGGACCCGGUGGUGCUGCUGGUGAGGAUGGUCGCCCUGGUCCCCCUGGCCCUAUGGGAGCCCGCGGUCAGCCUGGCGUGAUGGGAUUCCCCGGACCCAAGGGAGCCAACGGCGAACCUGGCAAGGGCGGAGAGAAAGGAUUGCUCGGUGCGCCAGGUCUGAGAGGUCUUCCUGGUAAGGAUGGUGAGACCGGAGCUGCUGGACCCCCUGGCCCUGCUGGCCCUGCUGGAGAGAGAGGAGAGCAAGGACAACCUGGACCUUCUGGCUUCCAGGGUCUGCCAGGACCUCCCGGCCCCCCUGGUGAGGGUGGCAAGCCCGGUGACAUGGGAGUUCCAGGAGAGGGUGGAGCUGCUGGUGCCACUGGACCCAGAGGUGAGCGUGGUUUCCCAGGAGAGAGAGGAGGUGCUGGGCCUCAGGGGCUGCAGGGACCCCGUGGUCUUCCUGGAACUCCUGGAACUGACGGACCUAAGGGCGCGAUCGGACCAGGUGGUGCAUCGGGUGCCCAGGGACCCCCCGGUCUGCAAGGUAUGCCCGGAGAGAGAGGAGCCUCAGGCAUCCCCGGACCUAAGGGAGACAGAGGUGACAACGGAGAGAAGGGACCUGAGGGUGCUUCUGGCAAAGACGGUUCAAGAGGUUUGACUGGUCCAAUUGGUCCUCCUGGCCCAGCUGGUCCCAAUGGAGAGAAGGGUGAAUCUGGUCCCUCUGGACCUUCCGGUGCUGCUGGUGCCCGAGGUGCUCCUGGUGACAGGGGUGAGACUGGACCUCCUGGGCCUGCUGGCUUCGCUGGGCCUCCUGGAUCUGAUGGUCAGCCCGGAGUCAAGGGAGAGCAGGGAGAGGGUGGACAGAAGGGAGACGCUGGUGCCCCUGGACCACAGGGACCCUCCGGAGCUCCUGGACCUUCCGGACCUACUGGCGUUUCUGGACCUAAAGGUGCUCGCGGUGCUCAGGGACCCUCUGGUGCCACUGGUUUCCUCUGGAGCUGCAUCUCCCAAUAUAAGUACAACCACAUUCAUAAUACAACUCAAACACUCACAUCUUCUGGAAACCCUGGUGCUGCUGGUCCCUCUGGCCCUGCUGGUAAAGAUGGCCCUAAAGGUGUGCGUGGAGACGGUGGACCCCCAGGCAGACAGGGAGAUGCUGGGCUGCGUGGAGCCGCUGGAUCCCCUGGAGAGAAGGGAGAUGCUGGAGAGGAUGGUCCUUCUGGUCCUGAUGGUCCUUCAGGCCCUUCAGGUCUGGCUGGACAGCGUGGUAUUGUUGGUCUUCCAGGACAACGUGGAGAGAGAGGUUUCCCUGGCCUGCCAGGACCCUCUGGUGAGCCUGGUAAACAAGGAUCUCCUGGUGGAAGCGGAGACCGUGGGCCCCCUGGCCCUGUGGGGCCCCCUGGACUGACUGGACCCGCAGGAGAGCCCGGUAGAGAGGGCAACGCUGGUUCUGAUGGACCCCCUGGUAGAGAUGGAGCCACUGGAAUCAAGGGUGACCGUGGUAACACCGGUCCUGCUGGUGCUCCUGGCUCCCCAGGGGCUAAUGGUUCCCCCGGCCCUGUCGGCCCCACCGGCAAGCAGGGAGACAGGGGAGAGGCUGGAGCUCAAGGACCAGCUGGACCUGCCGGGCCUGCUGGAGCCAGAGGAAUGGCUGGACCCCAAGGACCCCGUGGAGACAAGGGUGAGGCUGGAGAGGGUGGUGAGAGAGGACAGAAAGGACACAGAGGAUUCACUGGUCUGCAGGGUCUGCCUGGACCGCCCGGUCAAGCUGGAGACCAGGGUGCAUCUGGACCUGCCGGACCAAGUGGAUCAAGAGGACCUCCCGGACCUAUUGGUCCACAUGGAAAAGAUGGUUCCAACGGUAUGCCCGGCCCCAUCGGACCCCCCGGACCCCGUGGUCGCUCUGGAGAGACUGGUCCCUCUGGCCCCCCUGGAAACUCUGGUCCCCCUGGUCCUCCUGGUCCUCCCGGCCCUGGUAUCGACAUGUCUGCCUUCGCUGGCCUGUCUCAGCCUGAGAAAUCCCCCGAUCCCCUGAGGUACAUGAGGGCCGACCAGGCCUCCGGAAACCUGAGGACGCACGACGCCGAGGUGGACGCCACGCUCAAGUCUCUCAACAACCAGAUUGAGAACAUCCGCUCCCCAGAGGGCUCCAAGAAGAACCCUGCACGUACUUGCAGAGACCUGAAGCUGUGCCACCCAGACUGGAAGAGUGGAGAGUACUGGAUCGACCCUAACCAGGGCUGCACCAUAGACGCCAUCAAGGUCUACUGUAACAUGGAGACCGGAGAGUCCUGCGUCUACCCCAAGCCCGCCAGCAUCCCCAAGAAGAACUGGUGGUCCAGCAAGAGCAAGGCUGCCAAACACGUCUGGUUCGGAGAGACCAUGAACGGAGGAUUCCACUUCAGCUAUGGCGAUGACAGCCUGGCUGCCAACACGGCCAGCAUCCAGAUGACCUUCCUGCGGCUGCUGUCCACUGAGGCUAGCCAGAACCUCACCUACCACUGCAAGAACAGUGUGGCUUACAUGGACGGAGCCACGGGCAACCUGAAGAAGGCCGUGCUGCUCCAGGGAUCCAACGAUGUGGAGAUCAGGGCCGAGGGAAACAGCCGCUUCACCUACACCGUUAUGCAGGACGGCUGCACGAAACACACAGGAGCAUGGGGCAAGACAGUGAUUGACUACAGAUCACAGAAGACCAGCCGGCUGCCCAUCGUGGACAUUGCUCCCAUGGAUAUUGGAGGAGCGGACCAAGAGUUUGGAGUCGACGUCGGUGCAGUCUGCUUCUUGUAAAGACAAAGGAAUGAAAAAGGAAAAGCUGAGAAAAAAACCAUAAAAGAUGAGGGAGAGAGAGACAGAGAGAGAGAGAGAGGAACACACACUUCUAGCAAAAUGAAUGAAAGAGAGAAAAGAGAAAGAUCAAGUCACUUUUUUUUUUAAAGUAAAAAGUGAUUUUUACAACUAGGAUAUCUGCACUGAAUGGCACCGGCAAUAUUCAUCUGUGAUUUCAUCGACUUCCCGUCUCCCUCCGUCAACCCCUCCCUCCAUUCCCCCAUCCACUCCACCCCCCAGCCUGGGAGCACCUCCCCACUAACAAAUAGGAACAAAGGAAGAGGAGAAGGAGAGAAAGGGGGAGUAUGUCAGAGCAUGACAGAAAGAGAGCCGACUUGGUGUUAUUUAUUUAUUGUUCAGGUGUAGGUCCCAGGUGUGUUAGGACUGAGUGUGUUACCCUGUAAAAAGGCCCCACGCACAACUACAUACAUAAUCUAUCAGUUCCCCACCUCCCCAAUCUCCUCUUUUCUUUCUCCUAUUCCAUACCUUCUCAAACAUUAUAUCAAAUCCAAACCAAAAACGGAGCAGUGUGAUAGGUGCAGGUGUUCCUAGUUCCAACCGCCGCCCCAGUGUGUAUCAGGAAGUUACUGUGUAUUAUAAUAUAGUCAAAUGGUGCUAUUGCUGUAAAACCAGUCUGUAUUCUUUAACAACCAGAUACUGAUGUAUUAGUGACAUGUUCAUAAUGUGUAUAUAUGUAUAUGUGUGUGUAUACAUAUAUCUACAGUUUUCAGAGAGUACAUUUCACGCUGAGAUUUGUUUUCAGAGUGGUAAAUGUCGCUGCCCCUUGCCCCCCGACCACAAUUCCCCUCAUUGGCUGCCCAAUGAAACAGAAACCGUGUCUAUCAUUUUUGUAAGAGACAUGUUCAAUUCGGGAUUUCAAUCUCAGAUCUAAACUUUUUUUGUUUUGUUUUAAUUAUAUUAUAAGCUACCUCACGCUUAAAAAGAAAGAAACAACUAAGCAAAGUUAUCCAAGUUUACAAAUCCAGCUUGGGUGAUCAUAUCUUUGGUGCAUGAGACCCCAUGUUGUGAGAAGAACACCAGAAGGUGCCUUUAACCCUUGACCUAUCCCAGUCCACUUUGUCCCAUAUGCCCCCACUGUCCUCUCACACAGGAAAUACCCUCUACCCUGGCAGGAAGUACCUUGGCCCUGGCCACGCCCCAUAGGAACAGGCCAUGCCCCCAUAGGAACAAGAACAGGGCAGGGCUGUUAGACUUGAGUGAGUUCUUUCUCACAGUGAUAUCACUACUAGACAAUCCAGACCUCCUUUACACACAGAGGAAAACCACCUACGACCAGGGCAGAGGGUGCUUUUAUUUUUGAGGGUGUGUAUAUUUUGUAUUAUUAAUAAUAAUAAUAGUAUUAUUGCUAAUAAUGAUAGCAUUACUAUUAUUAUUAUUAUUAUUAAAUAUGAUGAUCAUGAUUUUGUUUUUGUUGCAGUUUUGAUUAAUGUAAAUUGGAAAUAAAAGGAAAAACAAGUAACAGACUGAAGUCGCUUUUUUAAUUUUAUUUUGGGGGGGAUUUUGAUUGUUAUUCAUCCUCAUAUUGCUCCAGAGAAAAGUGUGCAUGAACUAUCUGGGAAGGUCUUUUUUCUGUACCCUGAAAGUAUGAUGAAAAACGUUUCUGUUGCUAUUAUGUUCCCAGAGAUAGAAGCAAUACCAAAUAUUGAUCCUGUGUCCUGUAUGCACUCUGCCUUGGUCUGUGUGUUUGGACUAAAUGCAUAUUGAGGGGUGGGAUGCAGUCAGAACACACAAGGAGAUACAGUGGAGAGGUGGAUGAUGGUGAGCGGCCAUUUUCUUUUUGUUUUAUUUGUGGGAGAGAAAAGGCUAAAUUUAGUGAGGAAGUGGAAAGUUCAUAUCAUGUACUAUUUUGUAUGUGUUAAAUAGUUUUGCAAUAUUUUCCGAUCGUUUUUAAGCAUGGUAGAUAGAGUAGGAAUGGGAAACAUUUCCAACCACAAUAAUCAGUAACUGUAUGGGUUUAUUAUGUCAUCCUGUACUUUUUAUUUAAUUUUUUUUCCUGACUUUACAUCUUUCACCUUUCACCAUAGCAAUAAAAGGUAGAAGCAUUUCUCUUAACAACACAGAGCCACGUUUGUUUCAUUUUUUACAUAAUUUUUUUUCUUAAACUUGGUUUUAGAGUAAAUUUAAUAUUUAAUGUAUUGGUUUCCAAAUCUAUGAUGUAAUCUUUGUUUUAAUAAUUAUUAACAUAAAGAACAACAGGUAAACAAAUCAACAAAAAUACAUCACAAAUAAAAGAAAUGACACAAAAGGAGG